AGAAUUUAUAUACUCAUACACAAAAUCAAUUGCUGCGCAUACUGAUCAUAUCAUUUGCUGCAUUGGCCGACGUUGCACCAUGGCACGGGUGCAAUUAUUAAUCGUCACAAUUUGCGCCAUUAGCUUGAUUGCGGUGGCAUCUAAGCCAUCGACGGACAAGCUCGUUGCUGCCAUAAAGAAGAAGAAGAUGGCAACGCUUCUGGAGGAGUUGAGCGUCAAAGGCUUGGAUGUCAACACCCCGGACUCUGCACGGCGACUUCCGUUGAUUGAGGCCGUCCGGUCGAAGGACCAAGCUGCAGUCCUGGCGCUGCUUGAGCAGGGCGCUCUUGCGAAGUCCCACGAGCCCGCGACGGGGGUUACUGCUCUGCACGUGGCGUUCAAGGAAAGCCUGCCUGGCAUCGCUCGCCUCCUGCUUGCACAUGGUGCCAACCCCGACGCGACGGACAAGAGUGGCACGGCUGCCCGCGCUGUUGCCAGCGGCAAGGAGCUCUCGGAGAUCCUCAAGCUUUACGACGAGAAGGGGCCGCUUGCGUUCGAGUCUGUGCCUGGCAGCUGGCUGAAGGAGGAGAAGGACGGCUCGACCUACUACUGGUCUCCCUCGACCGGUGAGGCCCGCUGGACCCCGCCCCCGAGCUGCGCUUGGCAACGCAUUACCGUUCAGGGCCACCCUAUCAAGUACAUCAACUCGGUGACGGGCCAGGAGGUUACCAGCGUCCCGCCGGCUCUGGCUUGGGCCAAGGUUCGUGGUGAGAACGGCAAGGAGCUGUGGCUCAACUGGGCAGCGGGUGUGUCUUCAACCAGCACACCGGUUGAGCUGCCGGCUGACAUGGUCGCCGACCUGGAGCGCCAUAUUAACAAGCGCUGGUACAACCAGGCCACCAAGGAAUACUCUUACACGGAUCCCGCCUACUCGACAGCAUGGCGCGAGCUGAAGGACGAGACUCAUGACCAGCCUUACUGGUUUAACAUUGAGACCGGUGAGAGUGUGUGGGAGGUGCCCAAGGAGCUGGCCUGGAACAAGCUGGAGGACCCGGAUGGUGGCGCUUCGUACUUCUUCAACAAGGUCAGCGGCGAGGUGUCAUGGCACCCGCCCAGCAGUGGCCCGCUGGCGUACGUGCGCGCCGACGACCUUUGAGCCAGCCAGCCAGCCAGCAUAGCCGGUCAGCCGGACUGGCCAGCUGACGCAUACUCUUCGUUACUGGAACGGCAGCUUUUAACCUAGCAGAGCUUGGCUUGAAGGGGUUAUAGACGGGCGUGCAUCGCUGCCGUAUGCUGCCCAAGUUACGCGGACCAGGCGACAUCUGUGCAUAACACUUGUGGCGUUAAACGCAGUCUGUGAUUUGACUUCGGACCUGACUGGACCUCAGACUGAGCUAUUGAGCUGUAUGAAGCUCCUUUUACCUGGCCUAGUGCAUUACCUAUAGCUGCCGGACUGCCGAACAGAACUAAAUUUUGCAACUCGUUGCACAAUGGAACCUGGUCACGUGGCAAAAUGGCCCCUUGGGACGACUUGUAAUGCCUUCCACUGCAUCCAGUGUCAGCA